AAACAAAUUUUGUUUUUGGUGUUUGUCGCGUACGGUGAUGCUUGGUUUAGUUCAGCGUUGUGCGUGCAGGUUUGUAAGUUAUCAUUCUAAGCCACUGUCUACUCAACUGAACAAAAUGAAAGUGAAUUUAUUGCCAGCGCUUGAAGAUAAUUACAUGUAUUUGCUAGUGGAUGAAAAAACAAACGAAGCCGCAAUCGUGGAUCCCGUUGAACCGGAUAAAGUUUUAAAAGCAGUUGAGAAAGAAGGCGUUAAAUUGACGACCAUUCUUACAACGCAUCACCACUGGGACCACGCAGGAGGAAAUAAAGAAUUGAUAUCAAAAGUCGGGGCAUCUAAUCUUAAAGUAUAUGGCGGAGACGAUCGUAUUGAUGGAAUUACAACGAAAGCAGUUGAAGGCUUGGAGUUUAAUGUCGGUAGUUUAGAAAUUCGUUGCCUCUUCACGCCGUGUCACACAACUGGUCAUAUUUGUUAUUUUGUAAAGAAUCCAAACACACCUGCUGUGUUUACUGGGGACACACUGUUCGUUUCUGGCUGUGGAAGGUUUUUUGAAGGCACAGCAGAACAAAUGUAUUCUUCCCUUGUUAAAAAACUAUCCAUCCUUCCCCCAGCUACACAAGUAUACUGUGGGCAUGAAUACACAGUCAGCUCACUUAAGUUUGCACAGUUUGUUCAACCCAAUAACCAGCAUGUAUUGGAGAAGCUGAACUGGUCCAUCAAGCAAAGGGAAAAUAAUCAACCUACUAUUCCAUCCACUAUAGCAGAGGAAAUGUUAUACAAUCCAUUCAUGAGAGUCGAAAAUGAAGAGUUACAAAAACGCUGCAAGACCUCUACACCCGUGGAGACUAUGAAGUUCUUAAGAAACGAAAAAGAUCAUUUUAAAGCGAAUGUUUAAAAUGAAAAAUAAAUUUUGCUUACUUACUUUUAUUUUCAUAAAUUUGUUAAUACAUAAUUAUGUACAUAAUUCUAAUUCUAAACUGUAAUCACUUUAUACACGUUAUCAAUUUGUAAAAAUGUGACCAGAAAAACAAAUUUGUUUUGGAGAACAAUAUGUUUUAAAAUAUCUAAUCUGUAUAUUAAAGUAGUCCAGGCAUUGUUCAGACUGAAGUUGUUGCAUACAUACUUGUACCAUGUUUUUCUUUGAUAUCUACUGUUCAAGUUAACUAUGCGACGUAGUUUACAAAUAAUUAUUUUAUUAUAG